AUGGUUCAUCAACACGGAGACCACCAUAAUAUCCCAAAAAAGCACAGGAUUCACAAGCCUGGUGCAUGGCUCCCAGCCGACCAUCGUGUGCACAGGGAGUACAUGCGUCGCGUGACAAAACACGCAGAUGAGAAUCCCAAAGAACUCACCCCUGUCCUCAAAGAGUUCAAGGAGUUCAUUGAGACGACGCCCCGCGUGUAUAUGUACUUUGUGCAGAUGUUUGAAGAGAUCCCUCAGAAGCAUCCUUACGACAAUGAUCCCACAGGCACACCGCAGCUACGCGACUAUCAGCACAUGCUGCAGGUGCUGAACCAUAUCUUUAGCACGGCGCCAGAGUGGACGGAUGCGGCUGAGAGUGUGGGGAUGGUUGGAGUACCACUUUGUGCUAUUUUCGAUUACCCUAUGGGAACGCCCAGUGGUUAUGCUGCGUUCUUGGACCCUGAUGUGAACCGGAUGCUUAAAAAGGUUCUCAAUCACUGGGGAAAGUAUCUUAUGACGCCUGACUCGGCAAAGGUCUUGGGAGAUCACACUCAAGGCUGGUUUGGCCCGACUGGCAUCCAUGAUCUUGUCGAGGUUGCCAACAAGCCGAAUGGUACAGACAUGAGGUUUGAAGACAUGUUUAUCUGCGACUCUUCAGCUAAAUACUAUGGUUACAAGUCAUGGGAUGACUUCUUCACCCGCAAGAUCCGUGACGACGCUCGUCCUGUAGCAUCUCCUGAUGAUGAUCUUGUCAUCGCCAACUGUUGUGAGUCCCGUGUGUACAACAUCGAACACGACGUCAAGCUUCGCGACCGCUUCUUCGCAAAGGGACAACCCUACUCCAUCCUUGAUAUGCUCGCCCAUGACCCUCUAGCUGAGAAGUUCGCCGGUGGAACGAUCUACCAGGCCUUCCUCUCCGCCCUGUCCUACCACCGCUGGCAUACUCCCGUCUCCGGGAAGAUCGUGCGCGCUUUCGUCCAGGAUGGCACGUACUUUAGCGAGCCUCUCUUCGAAGGUGUAGGAGAGCCCGGAUCCACGGAGAUUUCGUCCGCGGGACUAUCGCAGAGUCAGGGGUACUUGAGCGCUCUGGCCACGAGAGCCAUCAUUAUCAUCGAGGCGGAUGAGCCGGCUAUUGGAUUGCUAGCAUUUGUCGGUAUCGGUAUGGAUGAGGUGAGCACCUGUGAGAUUACGGUCAAGGAGGGAGAUCAUGUAAAGAAGGGCCAGGAGACAGGCAUGUUCCAUUUUGGAGGCUCGACGCAUUGUGUUAUCUUCCGCAAGGGAGUCAAGGUUGAGGGAUUCCCCGAGGUUGGAAGACAGGAGAAUGUGCCUGUGCGAAGCAAGCUGGCUGUUGUUAAGAAGUGA